AUGGUUAUGAAACUGGGAGGACUCCCCAAGGUGUUCCUCCUGGUAUGCUUCAUCCUCCAGCACAUGGACGCAAUUCUUCACCUGAGUAAAAAUCUCCACGUAAAUAAUAAAAAGGGAACAAGUAAGCUUAGUAUGAGUUUGAAGGGAAGGGACGACCUCGUUACGGGGAAAAGAAGAAGAAGUAGUAGUAGUAGUAGUAGAUUCAGUGCAAGGCGACAGAAAUACGCAAAGGUUGAUACUCCAUCGAUGGAUUUCCUCUCUCUCAAAGGAAAAAGAAAAACAUAUCGUCGAAGCAUUUACUGUAUGGGACGCCCCUUGAAUGAAUUUGUUAAACAUUUCCUAUGCAAUGUAGGGAAUUCUGUGUUGACAAGGAAUUUAUUUUUUUUAACUACUCAUUUGGAGAAACAAAAUGGGAAGAGAACAAAAUGGCGUUUCUGCACAGGGGAGAUAUGGGAGAAAAAGCGGAAGUUUGGAUCGAAGAUCGGGACAGUGGAACAGGACAAGGAAGAUACUCCCACUGAGGAAGGUGUACAGAUGGACAUUCAUGAAAAUAAGGAAGAUGGGAAACAUGUGACCACCCAGAAAAAUCAAGAUGGGUCCAUUGGAGAAAAUGAAAAAAGACAAAGGUUAAAGGAAUACAUGCAAAAAGAACUGCUAAGCAUCGAAUAUGUGGAUGAUGAAAAUGAACGCAGUGAAGUUCAGAUGAAAGUGCACAUCAAGGGUAGUCUGAGGGAACAGUACUAUGAUAUGUGCGUAAAAAAAUAUAGGGAAAAGAAAGUGAAGGAAAAUAAAUACGAAUAUUCAUAUUUGAAAGACGUACCCAUUAACAACUUAAUUAAUUAUAUUAAGAAAGAGGACUACCUAGAUAUUUUUCUAAAACAUGUGAAUGAGGAUAUAAUUAUGGUUUAUCAAAAAAUGAACAAUCUACAUUUGAUUGGAUCACCAAGACUUACAAACAAUAUUAAUCACUUAAGCAUUAGCAAAUUUAACGACGUGUAUUUAACCUUCUCAGUUGAUAAAUUUCCAAAAAUAAAAUUUAACAAAUCAUAUAUCAGGUUACCUAUGAAGGUAGAAAUUCCUCCAUAUGCAAAAGGAAGCACUUUCAAGGAAUUCCUAAAAGUAAUAAAAAAUGAAAUGGAAAAAGAAAAUGAAGUUAUAAUAAAUGUGGAUGAAAAUCAUAAGGUGGAUUGGAAUGAUGAUAUUUAUGUUAAUGUGUGCAGAGGUUGGGUCCACAGUGCGAGUAACGAAUACCACAACCAUGUGUGUGGCAUUGAGAAGGAAGACACAAACAAAUUGGAACGACGCGGAGAAGAAAGUAGCAAAGAAGAAAUAUCCGAUGAUACAAUACUAAAUGAAGCAAAGAACAGCGGAGAAAAAAUUAAAGACCUCAUCGAUAUAGAGAAAACGGAGGAAGAAUUUAUUAAUAGCACAGAAAAGUGUGAUGAAAAAAAGGCAGAGAAAUAUACCCUUCAAAAUGAUGAAAAUUUUUUUAAUGAUAAAAAUAUGAAAGGUAUGGAUGAGUGUAAGUACUAUGAUGAAUUUUUGCAAAGCUCUAAAUUUACAAAAUAUUUCAAAGAAGGGUAUCAGCUACCGAGGGAUGUCAUUUCCAUGAAUGGGGAAGUUAUCACGGUGAAGGAGAAUUACAACCCCUUGGGGCUUAACGAGUCUCUUAUUGGAAUGUCCAGAAAUGAAAAAAAGAACGUAACCGCCUACCUCCCUGUGGAUCUGUUUAAGGCGCACUUUGACUCCUCCCCCCAUGUGGAGAACCAAAUGAAUUGCGAAGAAGCUCCCAAGGUUAAGGACAUCGAUAAGGAGAGCAUAAGCAAGUUUAGGGAAGUUAUUUACACAGAAAUUAAGAAACUUAAGAGCCGCAGUUUCUUUCGGGCGCUCGAGGAUAUUCUGAAGAGCAACCAGGAAAAGUUCUUUGACCGGGAGGCACAGGACGGUUUGGGAACUACCGGUGAGGUGACAACUGGUGAAGCUACCAAUGGGGAGGGGAGUUGUCAAGGCCCCUCCCGACGAACCCCCGGGAUGGAGGACAUCGAAUUUAUCCUAAACGAUAAGAGCCCUUUGUAUGAUAAUGAUGACGAGGAAGAAGAAGAAGAAGAAGCGCGAUCGCAUCCGCAGUCGCUACAGACGCCGCCCGAGGGGGAGGUCUCCGGAGAGCAGGACUACCCAGGGAGAGACGAAGGCGAGAAGGAGGAAGAAGCCCAGUUCAACAAAAAUUUCGACAAGUAUCUAGAGGAACUGCUCAAGGAUGAUAUCAAUUCCUUGGACGAGAAGAUACACGGGAAAGGAGCAACUUCAAAGACGGAGGAUAUUCUACUAAACGUUUACGACCCCAGUGAGUACGAGAAAUGUGAAGAAGGAAAUGGAAAAGGGGGCAUAGGUGAAGAAUCAGGUGAUGAUGAAACGAUAAAUGAUUAUAUACUUGGAAAGUGCGAUUUAGUGAAAUGUAUAUUGGAGGUGCACGUGUUAGACAUCAAGUCGAGAAAAAGGAAUGAACAAGAUAUAAAUGAUUAUGUGAAAAAAAAGUACAACAAAACGAUGGAUGAGCUUCAUGAUGAAGUUGAAGAGAGAGCCAUGAAGGACAUACAAAACAAAUGCGUAGACCAGAGGAGAAUGGAAGCUUAUAAAAAAUUAAUGGAAAUAUCAUCAUUAAAUGUACCCACAACGUUGUUUCACGCGCAAGGAAAAAUAUUGUACAGCAGUUAUUUGAAAAAGAAAAAAAUGCAAAGUAGCGAAAAUGAUAAAAACGAAAAAGUGUUAAGUUUUGAAGAAUUCAUGAACAAAUCACAGAAAGAAAUUUAUGAUCAAGUGAAAUUUUCGUUUAUUGUUAAAACAAUUUUCCAAAAUGCAAAGUUAAAGGUAAAUUACGACGACGUGAUAAAGGAUGUAUUAAAAACGCUACUUAAAACGCCAACGAAUAAUGUGAAGUCGUUAAUAAAGAAAAUUCAUACCAUUUACCAGGCACAAUGUGUGCUGGAUUUUGUGUCUCUGAAUGGUGAUAUUUCUUUCGCAACGAAUAACAAGUCGUCUGUCAAUUUUUCAGUCACCAUGAAAAAGGGAUCUGACUACACAAAGGAGGAAUUCCUAAAUGCAGACAAGUCGUUGGAGGAUGCCCAAGCAGGUCCACAAACAGGGGAGGUAUCACCAUGCCCAUCAGCAUCGCAGGAAUCCUCCCUUUAUAGUGAAGGAAGGGUGGGAAAAAAUGAGACAUGUGAGAACACACCAAAUGGGGAACAGCAAAAGGGGAAACUGAAAAUUUUUAACUUUACGGAGGAAUCCAAUUUCGUAGUGGAAAACAAGAAGGAAAAUAGUGAACAAGUGGAGCUGGAAUAUUUUACCUUUAAAAAGGGUGCAAAUUAUACCAAAUAUUUUGAAGAAAAAUAUAAAAAAAAAUGA